AUGGCGGGCCCCAAGAUGCCACCUACCCGUGUAGCUGCCUGGGUCUUGGUUGGCACGCUGUUUUAUCUAACCACCGUUGUCCCGGCAAGAGCGACGAGUUCCAGUGCACGGGAGCAACCUUUGGCCAUUGUCAACCCCAGCUUUGAGUUUCCCGUCACCACCGCCGCCUCAACCACCAUCCUCGGGUGGGCCUCGGACACUAAAACUGGCGUUUAUCGCGUGCCGACCACCAUGUAUCCAGGUGGCUUCCAGGCUCCGGCUGCUGGGCUCAACAUGGCAUACAUCAGCACGGGAGGCGCCAUGACCCAGCAAGUGAUGCUGGAAGAGCUAUUGCCCGGCUGCAUCUAUACACUGCGUUUGGUUGUAGGCUGGCGAGCCAAUCAAGCCACCUUCCCCACGAUGCGCAUCCAGCUCUUGGCCAGCCCCUCUGCCCUUAUCCUAGCCAAUUGCCUUGUCUUGGAGGAUCACUUUGAGCAGGCUGGCACCAUGAUGGAUGUGGCUUGCAGCUUCGAUGUCCUCCCCAACUCAACCGUCCUGAGCCAGAACCUGAUGAUCCGCAUGUCCGUUGAUGGCGGCUAUGCCAAUGCGCCACAAGCCAAUGUGGAUGCGGUGCGCCUCUUGCGCGCGUGCCAGCACCUAACGACAGCCAGCCCCACCACCUUGCUGCCAGGUGGCCUGGGUGGGGACUCGCCUCAAACCGCCACUCCCAUCUUGAUUGAGGACGACGACGAGCUUGCUAAUGACGAAACGACGCCAAUGACAGCAACCACAACCGAUGAACCCCACACGACUGCUGAGGACGAUAGCUGGUUCCUGUCCACCACGGCAGACCCUAGCACGACGGACCUGCUGGAGACCACGGUGGAGGAACUUAUCAGUACUACGGCGCCAGAUGAUGUCGACGGGGCUCCAGCUCCCCUACCUACUCACCCCAUUGUCAUCGGUUCUGAGAUGCCGGGGCUUCUCAACCCCAGCUUUGAGCUACCCGUCCUUCCGCCGGGUGUCGUGGCUCUUUCGCUUGUGCAAGAUUGGGCCAGCAGUGGUGAUGUCUUCACCUAUCGGCCCGAUGCAGGCAUCCAGCUUGCUGCCACACUUGGCGAGGGAUCACAGGUCGCUCUCAUGACCGGAAACAGCCGCCUCAAGCAGAUUCUCGAUACCACACUUCAAGGAAAUUUUCGCUAUCAACUGACCCUCAACGUCUCUGGAUGGCUCGGGCGCACCGCCAUGCCGGACGUCUUGGUGCAGCUGGCUACCUCCAGUCCAGCUUAUUUGCUGGCCAGCCAACUUUUGACGAUGGACGAUGCCCAACCCUUGGGCACUCCCGUGCGGGUUAACUUUGACGUACAGGUGCCGCGCCACCACGUGGCCAUAGGCAGCCCACUUGCCCUCACCAUUACUGCCGGGGAUUCCCUCAGCUUUGCGUUUGUGGAUGCGAUCGAGCUGCGUGGGCUUGCUUGUGAUUCGUUUGCUGCUUGCCCAUCAGUCGUCACUACCACCACCACAUCCACUACAUCCUCCACAUCGUCCACAACUACCUCAACCUCAACCACCAGCAGCUCCACGUCGACGACAACAACAUCCACCAGCACAACAACAUCUGUCACGUUGACAACCACAUCGACCACCAGCACCACCACAACCUCCACGCUCACAACCACAACCAUCACUUCAACCACAACCUCCACCUCAACAACAAGCACUACUUCCACCACUUCAACUACUUCGACCACUUCGACCACUUUGACUACUUCAACCACUUCGACUACUUCAACUAGCUCGACCACUUCGACCACUUCGACUACUUCCACCACCUCAACGACUUCAACGACUUCGACCACAACCACGCUGGCUCCAACCAUUGGCCCUUGGUUUGCGGCUCUCAACAACCCCAGCUUCGAGCGCCCCGUCACGCCGCAUCUUGAAGGCGCAUUCGCCGCACAGGCUACAGGUUGGAGCAUUGCGGGUGUGGGUGGCGUCUUCCGCACCCCUGCCGCGGCCUUUCCAUCUCAGCCGCCGGUCAUGAACGGGGCCCAAACUUUAUACCUGGGCCAGGGCGCCUGCAUUGAGCAAACACUUGAUGAGGUGUACCUGCAGCCGGAUACAGCCUAUACCAUGAUGGUGGGCGUUGGCCAUCGCAGUGACCGAGCCUCGUUUGCUGGUGUCGAAUUACAAAUGCUGGCUGCUGAUGAUAAAUCAGUCUUGAGAACGCGUAUAUUGCUCACGAUGGAACCAGGUCACUUUCGCGAUGCGCAGCUCAAGUUUGAGCUUCUAGCAAGUGACCUGGACGAAAACUCUCAAGCCGCCACCGAACUGGAUACCUUGGCACUACUGGGUCAGGGCCUCACCGUGCGAGCGUGUGCAUUGCUCAGUUUUGACCAAGAAGCCCAUGUGCUUUUGGACAAUGUUCGAGUUUUGAUCACACAUGUGGGGGCCAGUGCACCCACGCCCCUUCCACCCACGGGCUCGGCCACGACCACAGCGACAACAACGACAACUACGACGACAACUACGACAACGACGACAACAACUACGAUAACGACGACUACAACUACAACUACAACUACGACGACGACGACGACGACUCAUGAGCCAACCACUUCAGUUGAGCUGUCUGAUCUCACCACAACUGACGAAUUACUACAGACAACAACUGAAGCCCCCAUGGUGACUCCCAGCGAGACCACCACCAUCACUACCACGACAAAGGCUCGGACCAGCCCUUCCUCCACGACCGGUGCGGAUGGAGCUGGUGGAGCUACUCCCGCGCCAUCCUGUCGUCUGGAAUGUACGGCAGCCCAAGCUUCUUUUAAUUCGCCUGCACCAUUGGACCUUGGAGCUACACCCGCUCGGGCCCGCGACGCCGUGGUUGCUGACCUCAAUGGGGAUGGUGCAUUGGACAUUGUCACCAUUCACAAAGAACAAGACUCGGUGAUUGCUUUUGUCAAUCAAGGAGGCUUUAUGUUUCGACGGCUGGUCGUGGAGACAGCAAACCUGAAGCCUUGGGCGGUUCUUGCACGCAAUCAAACGAUUCUGGUUGCUUCAAAGUCUGAAGGCGGGCUUGUUCAAUACAACCUCGAUGCCACUGCCCACAGGGUUGUAGAGCGCCAGCGCACGCCGAUGCCUGGCAAGCCGUUAAGCUUGGCCUGGCUGCAGUUUGAUGCAGAUGGCAUAAUGGACACUGUGGUUGGUGAUCGGGCUGAAGAAGCGCUUUAUGUGAUUCCUAGCAUGCUGGGCGUACCCGUUCAGCUUCCCGUGUCGGUUGAUCGUGUCAUCAACCUCGCUGUUGGUGACAUUAACGAGGACGGCAUGGAUGACAUUCUGGUGGUGGAGCGAAACGGCAUCCGUCGCCUGGUCGGCAAUCUCGCUUUGCGCAGCUACACCGCAACCACGCUGGUGCAAAACACAGCCGACCAGCUGGUCAACGCGUUUUUGGUUGACAUUGAUGGCGAUACCAAUCUCGAUGCGGUUUGGGUUUCGCAGACAGGCGCGCUAUCAAUGCUGCGCAAUGCCAUGACGUCCUCAGGCAUUGACGAGAUUCUCCUGUACCCUGGCAACAGCCGGUGGAACAUCAAGAGCGCGACUGUGGCAGAUCUCAGUGCAGACGGCACACCCAACUUCUUUCUUGGACAAGCUGAUGGCGAUAUCAUCCAUCUAACCCAGAUUGGCACGAUUAUCUUCGACCGUGUGGGCAAGACCAGCGGAGCUGGUGAGCGGCUGGAAUCUUUCCACCUCGCCGAUCUUGAUGGGGAUGGUGACUUGGACUUGCUCACGACAUCACGUGACGCCGGAGUGUUGGUGCACGUGAGUAGCUGCUGCGAUGCCGGCAACGUCUUUCCGACGCUGGCGAGCUCCACCACUACCAAAGCGCCGACUGCGGCCCCCGUGAGCACGACUGUCGCCACCUCUUUCACCACCAAGACCCCGACGACCGGCGAUUUGCCAGCGACCACAACGUCAGAGGUCAUGACCACCACUCCGACUGCAAGUGACGGGUGCGAGGAAACUUGGCAAUUCUUCUUGGAUGCCGGUGUCGCGGGACAGUCUAAACUAGUCGGCAAUUGGACUGAGGUUGAGGCCGUCGAGGCUGUGGGAGACACGUAUUACCAGGCACCUGGCCGCUUUGCACCCAAUUUGUAUGCAGACUUCAUCCUCACCUACAUGCCUGUGGGCUACUAUCACUUGGCAGCUUCUCAUCAGGCAGCGGUCGCUCACAGCUCGGGGGCCAGCUGGCAGCUGUGGCGAAACGAUGCCCGCGUGACCACUCAGACUAUCAACCAGCAGAUGAACCCUUCUCCCGAUGGCUUUGUUCCUCUGGAUGAGAUGGGUGUUGUUUACGUCGAUGGCCUUUGUCCCUGUCACGACGAGCACCAUCACCACGGUGCCUGUGGUUACCACAACGCCAACGUCAGCAGCGACGACUGCAACAACCACGACAACCACGACGACCACGACCACGACCACGACAACAACAACUACUACGACAACAACUACAACAACUACAACUACAACUACAACUACAACCACAACCACAACGACCACAUCCGAAAGCGUAGAUGCGUAAGUUGGCUGUAUCAUGCUCGAGUCCCUGCUUUAACAAUGGAGUUGUACACUUCAAAUUUGCAACCAGCCUUUGAUCGCUCAUUCGUGUGCGCGGGCCUGUCUGCUGACUCACACAUGCGCUCGCUUCUGGGAUUUAGUGCGGGCUUUGCCUACGACACCAUGGCUGUGAUACCCGGGUCCUUGCCUCGGCCCAGCCUGAGUGCCUACGGUGCUGUCAUUGUGCGCCUCAAUUGCGGUGGCAGUCGAUACAUCGAUCCAGCCGGGAACACGUGGCAGUCGGAUGGUCUGUUUAAUGGAGGCUUGGAAGCUGUCUCGCCGAGCCAAGCGAUUGCACGCACGGUCAACGAUGAAUUGUAUUGGACGGAGCGGUGGCGGAGUGGCCAGGAUGGGCCCCUCGUGUAUGAGAUCCCGGUUCCAACGGCCGGCCUGUACCACGUGCGUUUACAUUUUGCCGAAACCUAUGCCCCACAUACAAACAUGGGCGACCGGGUAUUCGAUGUGCUUCUAGAAAAUGCCAUUGCUCUCGACGAUUUUGACAUGCUUGUCGAGACCACGACGACAUCGGCUAUUCUACGCUCCUUUUCGGUGGUGGUGCUGGAUGGCGCUUUGACGUUGACCCUCUCACCCAUCGUGGACAACACGAAAAUCAACGGCAUUGAGGUGUACGCAGAUAUCAACAUCAACACUGGGGGCGGCGUGAGCUCGACGGCAGGACCUGGCGCAUCGGCCGGCCCCGUUAUCCACCGGAUCAAUUGCGGUGGCUCGGCCUUUGUACACACGGACGGCAACCUGUGGGGUGCGGACAAUUACUUUUCAAAUAGCGGUGGCUUUUAUCAGAUUUCCACCGCUGUGGCGGGCCAUACCAACACCAUGUACCAAUCAGAACGCUAUGGCGCCGUCGGAGGCGCAACCCUCAAGUAUGACCUGCCCUUGCCGGCCGGCGAGUACAUUGUUCGACUGCAUUUCGCCGAAAUCUUUGCAACGGCUGUGGGUGAGCGAGUCUUUGGUGUCAAGGUCCAGGGUACGGUCCUCAUGGAAGCCCUAGACCUCGUGGCCGUGGCGGGACCAUUGGUACCCUUUGUGCUGGAACAUCGCCUCAACGUAACAAGCACCUCGCUGCGCGUCCGUUUGAUGGCGGGUGAGGCAGAGAACCCCAAGAUCAAUGGUAUCGAGGUCUUUGCCGUGGCGUGA